AAAGAAACUACAGCUCUUCCCACAAUGCAUUUAUUACUAGUUCCGGUUUCCCAUGAUGCCUUUGGUCCAAAUAUGGCCGAUUAUUUAACUUGACUUUGGUGUCGCCAGUGAAUCCGAGCUUGCUCCUGCGUUUAUGGGAUUGUAAAUUGCACGAAUAGAUGUAAAAUAUAAAUCCAGAACAAUGCCGAAGUACUACGAGGACAAAGAGGAGGAUGGCCGAGCGUGUGCCGGGAUCAGGGAGGAUUUCAAAGCCUGCCUCCUCCAACACGACUGCGUAGUAAAGGAGGGGAAGCUGCCCAGCAAGUGCCUUAAGGAAGGCCACUGCAAAGCCUUGCAGACCUCCUUCUUCGAGUGCAAGAGGUCAAUGCUGGACACACGGUCAAGAUUCCGGGGCAGAAAAGGAUAUUGAUGAACCUUCCCGGGACUUUAAAAUGCCAUUCAGCAGAGUGAAUACUAGAUUGUCAGUUGUAAAUAGAAAUGUAACUAAUAUGAUUUCAAAUACACCGUUCUUAGAAGUAUGCAGCUUCUUUUAUAUUGUCAGAAUGUUUGCAGUUAAUAUAUAUAUUAAUAUAACAAUAAUAAUAUAAUAAUAAUAAUAAUAAUAUAAUAUUAAUAUAACAGAGAAUACCAACAGAGAAUACCAAAUUGAGAAAGCAACUAAUACAUGUCACGGGCAUGGUGCCUGACAGGAUCUCAGACCACUGGUGAGAACCUCAUGUUGCCCGGUGAUACCAGUAUUCCCAGUAACAAAAUAUUGGAGAUUCAGCCUUGAGAACAGUCACUCUUUGAACGACUUCAACAAUUUAUCUGACCUGACACAGUUUGUGGCAUUAGAUGAUAUGGUGUAUUUGCGGUGUGUAACUGAAAAUAAAUGACUUGUACAUAAAGAAAAGAC